CAUAGACUUGAAGAACUGAACUGCUUGGAGGAAAAUGGCAUCGUCUUCGAACACUAUGGAAUUCGAAGAAGACGACUCCACCGUCACACAGACAAGCCUCCCCACAACAACUUCAGUUCUGGAUAAAAGUAGGAGUCUUUUUGGGAACUCUGCUGUGAUUUCUACCCCAGCUAGAGAUUCAACUCCUGAUGGGCACAUAGUCGAUUCGAGUGUCAUUACCAAGUCAUCAGUUAUCAUAGAAGCGGAAGACGAGCCAGAUGUAGCUGCCGAUGUUACUGCACUUGAUAAAGAAAAGGCAGAAGAUGAGCCACAAUGUUCAGCCGGUAAGGAUGCUAAAUCUGGAGAAAGCAUGAACGACUCGGAAAAGUCUGAAUCACCAAUUGAAGAAGGAGAGGGAGAAACUUUCGAGAAAAAAAUUAUCUCGAUGGAUACUAGUGACGAUAAAUUAGACAUUGCUGAAUCGAUUUCUGUUUCAAAUGAUACCGAGAAACCUGAAGAAAAUGAAGAAAAGGUGGUUGGAGAUGAAGAUGAAGAAGAUAUUGAUGAUGUGCAAGAAGACGACGAAGACGAAGCUCCAAAAAAGAAAACUAAGAAGGCAGUGUCAACGUCAGAUGACGACGAUCUGCAUGAAGAUGAUUCUCCAAAAGGAGGUAGUGUGAGCGACGAGAAAGAAGAACCAGAGAAUGAGGACGAUACAGAGGAACCCGAAAAUGAGGUUGAAGUAGAAAGUCCAGUGAAAGAGCAAGCAGAUAGUGGUGAACCUAUUGAGAAUGUUAAUGAUGACAAGGCGUCUGAACCAGGCGUUGGUGAGAUUUCACAAGACAGUGUUGAUGAUUCUCAAAAAAUUGGUCUCGAUUCAAAAUCGCCAGAUGGAGAAUCAGAAGCAAAUGAAGAGAACCAAGAAUCUCAAUCUUCUAGCCGCAGCACUCGUCGCGCUAAAAGAGUUUCAGCAACUGUUUCGUCUACUCCUUCGUCAAACACUCCACGCCGUGGUGGUCGUGGGCAAAAAUCGGAAGUGAAUGCAGAUGAAACGAAAACGCCCAUUGUUAGUAACAGCACCCCCAGGCGUGGUCGAUCUUCCAGGGGUGGAGACAGAGAUGAAGUAAUUGAUCCUACGGAGAAUGUUGUUGGCGACUCUGGCGUUGAAGAAACAUCACCGCGCAAGGGAAGAUCAAGACGCUCUGUUGCAACAGAAGACACAUCUGUCACCGAGGAAGUUGAAAACACGGAACAUCCAACUGAAGAAGAAACUCCGAAACAGGGGCGUGGAAGACGUUCAGCUGCAUCUUCUUCAGCAACUUCGUCUGCAGUGCCAACACCGCGGUCCACAAGAGGAAGAGGAAGAAAGUCGCAAGCAAAUGAGGAAAACUUGCAAGAAAAAGAAACCGAAGACCCUACAAAAACUCACGAUACAAACCAAGCGAAGUCCACCCGAACUCCGCGAGGAAGGCGUUCUAAUGCUGAUGCUGAAACUAUGGAAAGUGUAGAAGCUGAGAAAGUCGAAACUCCAACAUCAUCUCGUAGAUCUACAAGGGCUAAGCCUCCUGCAAAAUCUGCUCCGGUGACGCCGGCUGUGACAAAUAAACGAACGACAGUUCGUGGAAGAAAGAAGCAAGGUUCUAUCACAGAAGACCCUAUCGAAGAAGCUGAUGAGACUAUUGAAGAAACUCUACCACAAAAGAAAGGUCGUGGAGCAGCUAAAAGUGCGCCUUCAUCGAGCAAGAAAAGUGCAGAAUAUGAUCCAUAUGAUCUUGAUACUGAAAUGGAGCAUCAUCCAGAACCUUUGAAGAAUAUUCACAUGGAAGUGCACAAUUUUGGUGCUGUCAAGUAUGCCAAAUUGGGUAAUUCAGAGUCAAAGUAUUCUAUGACAGAGAAGGCGGCAGAGUCUAGAAUUGCUGAGUUACAAUCUUCUCCUGCUGCUAAGAAUCGGCGUUCUCUUGCUGAUAUGACUCCUGGUAAAGAUAAGAUGAAGCAUAGAGUAUCGUCUGUAGGAACUUCGGGAAGAAGAUCAAGAGCUAAAAAGGAGGAAGAACAUCACGAAAAUGAUAUUGAAAUGGAAGAUGCGCCUGCAACUGCUACCCCAGCUUCGUCAAAUCGUGGAAGAAAGAGAAAAAGUGAAGCUUCUGACAUCAAAACACCUCCGGCGAAAAAAGAACCAGUUAUUCCUCUUAAAAAUCUAUCUGAUGAGGAUCAACUACUAGUUGAUCAUCCACAAGACGAUAAUGAACCUCAUGCUCCUGGAGCUCGAGUCUACGCUGUGUUUCAGAAGAUGUUUUAUCCCGCUGUCGUUCUUUCGGAGCGUGAUGGUCUCGGAAGAUACAAGGUACAAUUCACGGUUGAUAACGUCAUUAAAGAUGUUCCAAAUUCUGGAAUCAUUCCACUUCGCGCUUUAUCCCCUGGCAAAACUGCAGUCUACAACGAAUCCGAUGUUCGAUUGGAUUCUGGUCCUAACGAUAUUAGUGCUGCGGAAUGGAAAAAAGGAAAAUUAACCAUAUCGAUCAUGGAUGAAGAUGGGGAACCAACUGACGAAGUGAAGGUUGUUGAUUGGUAUGAUGUUUCUUUCGAUCAUUCAGAAUGGCGAGACUAUGUUAAAAGCAAAGAUCAAAGUGCUACGGCUAUUGUUACGUCUAAUAUUACUACAAUAUCGGAGGCUACUCGUGCUCGUAAGCCAACUACAGUUUCUAAUCAAGCAAAACCAAAAGGUCGUAAGAAGAAGGGAGUUGAUCUAGUUUCCUCUAGAGGAGGAUCAGCAAGUCCGGCUGAAGAAGAAGAAAAGCUUUUGCCAAUGAACGAGGAAGCUAUUGGAAAGAACAUUUUCACCGGAAAGGUCUUCAUGCUAACUUCGGCCAAUCGUUCAAAUUCUGCGAGUGUUCCUUCAAUGUUCAAAAAGAAGAAUCUGAUGAACUUCAUUACUCAGAAUGGUGGGAUCGUCACGGAGCAGCUUAAUAGCUUCCAAGAGCGUUACUCCAACUACGAACCAUUGCUGAUUUCUGAUACGUACUAUCGUACUCACAAGUACUUGGCAGCUUUAGCUCGUGGUGUUCCUUGUGUUAACAAUACAUGGUUACAAGCAUGUGGUGAACAGGGGAAAUGUGUCGACUAUACGGACUAUGUUCUUCCUGCAGGUGCUUCAAUUUUUGACGAGUCUCAGGAUAUGCCAGCGCCCAAAAAUCCAUCAGAGCUUUUGAAAGGAACAACAAUUUAUGUACACUCAACUCACUCAGCUCGUGAAGUAACACAAACUGGACCCGGAGGAACUUUCAUCGAGAUUUGGAAACCUAUUCUUGAGCUUCUCGGUGCUGAUGUAGUCGACGGAGACUGGGAAACUCUUGACGAAACAGGUCUCAAAUUUGACGUUGUUUUAGUUGAUGGAACUUUCCGUGACGAAGUCAUGGAGUAUGCAGAUACUAUUGGAGCAAGUAGAGUCACUUCCGAAUGGGUUAUCCAAACAAUAAUUCUUGGCAAAGCUCCUGAGCCAAAUGCUCAUCCAAAAUUCGAUCCAUACCGUCUGCAUCACCGCACGCGUCAUUGAAUAUCAUCUCAUCUCACCCCCUUUCCCCAUUUCCCUUCUCAUUUUGUACACUACGUUUUUAUAUCAACUUUUUAAAUAACUAUUCUACUUUCCCUACCGUGCUCCAUCCGCUGAAAUAUCGUCGAUCUCUUACUCGAAAAUUUACCCGCUCAGUGUGCUGGUCAACAAGCGGUGACAUUGUAUGCGUAUUCAUUAACCAUUUUUUGUGAAUUUUUGAGCUCUUCCCAAUUUAUUAUUAUAGAACUGCAUUUUCUAAGCCCCUGUUUUGAAGCUCUUCCAUCUUUUUUAAAUCACGAUCAUCAUUCCUUUCCCAGUUACUUCUGCAACGUAUUUAUUAUAAUUUAUUCGAAAGCUUCUGAGAACUUUUUAACUAUUCCUUUUUGCAUCAAAGAGUAACCUAACAUAGUGUUUUACUAACCUACAGUACAUUCAUAUGAACACCUUUUGUUGCUUAUUCUGAAAUGAAAAAAUGAACUGUACCAAUAACGUU